AUGGCGCUGCUAGCCGGCGCCAUUCCGGUGGCGAUCGCGAGCUCAUCCUCGACAUCUUUGGCUCCGAUUUCUUGCAGCGCGCAAGCCGUCGAGCAAAAUGUGAGCUUCCGGAAGAAUGCCAGUGCCACUGCUGCCGAGGAGCAAAUAUUUUCAGGCCAGGGACCAGAUCCAGACGCUGCUCUCGCGUUCUUCCAGUGGCUGACUAGAGAAGCUUGCUACAAUCCCAACACAGUGGCAUACAAUUGCCUUCUCAACACGCUCGUCAAGGCCGGGAGAAUCUAUCAAGUGAGAGAGAUGUUGGAUCGAAAAACUCUGGGGGAGUUCGUGCACAGCGAGUUCACGUAUGGAACUCUCGUCCACGGCCACUGCCUUGCCGGGGAGUUCGACGAGGCAAAGAGGCUUGUGGAGGAGUUUAAGGAUACAGGGAUGAGCCCCGGGAGCUUGGUCGUCCUCCACAGCCUCAUGCUCAAAGGUUUCUCCGAGGCUGGGCUGGUGGACGAGGCCAAGAGCUAUCUCCACCGGAUGGAUUGCAAGCCCAGCAGCAUCUCCUACAACACGCUCAUCGAUGCGCUGUGUAGCUUCGGGAGGAUCUAA